UUAACAUCCGGCGGCAUCAUCACCUCUGAGAACGUUUAGCUAGCUAGUUGUGGCUCGUAUUUUAUAUUUGUUCGUUUCACACAGCGACAAAAAUGCCAACACUGUGUUCAGCAUACAACUGCAAAAAUCGCGGUCCCAAAGCUGAUGUAGGAUUUUUUAGUUUCCCCAAAAAUGACCCUGAAAGACGCAAGCGAUGGAUUAUUAAUAUGAAGUGGAAAGACUGGAAUCCGCAACACCACCACCGUGUGUGCUCCAUUCACUUUGAAGACAAGUACAUUUGCCGGAUGGACAAACGUCAACGUCUCACGCCAGACGCAGUCCCGACCAUUUUUGACUUCCCAGAGAACUUUCAAAAGAAGAAGGCAUCCAUCCACCCACAGAGUAGAAGAGCCAGGGUAAGGCACUGGAAGAGGCUAAUAACUCCUUGGCUGUAUUUGGCAUCACACAUUGCACAUUACUGUCCAUCUUGGUAUUGCAUUUGAUGUAACUCAGCUAUGUUUUCACUUGAGUGAUGGGUUGCCAGAGAAGUAUACUGCUGCCCCUGCUGUUACAGUGGCCGAACCGGUAACAACACCAAGCCCCACCAUCACAUCAGAGACAAGCAAGCUGGCUAAAGACAAUACUAAAGCUCCAGAAAAAGUUACCUCUUCAAGUUGGUAUAUCCAUGUAGAUGAAGAAAUCCAAAUGGCUGAAUCCCUCCCAGGUUUCUUCCACAGUGAUUACUGUCUACCACACAGUAUUCGCUGGGGAUUCAAAGAUGAUGUUGCCCCGAAGGUGGCAUGUGAGAACCUGGAGUUCCAACUUCCACCCCUCAAGCACAUAAUAGAGAUCACAGAGGCAUGGGAGUGGCUGGGUAUGGACAUUAGAGGGCCACUGCCCCUAACACCGAACGGACACCAGUACGUUCUGACCUUGACAGACUUCUACUCCAAAUGGGUGGAGGCCUUCCCCCUGAGAGGUUGUAGCUCUACUGAGGUAGCACAGCAUGUAGCUGAAGUCAUCUCUCACUUUGGCUUCCCUUUUGGAAUCCUUGUUCGACUGAAGAGGAAGUUUACCAGUAAGAUCAACCUUGCCUUAAACAGUCAUCUGAAGCUGAGGGGGUUCUCUCUCUUAUACCGUCAUCGGCAAGUUGGAUCACUGGAUCUGGCCACACAGACCCUGAUCAGCAGGAUGGUGUCUGAUCUCGUGAAGGACCAUCCAGACAACUGGGAUGUCUGUCUCCCUGCAAAGGUGUUCAGCCUGUGUUUUAAGGAGCACCCCAAGACCAAGCAGAGACCUUUCUCUCUGCUGUGCUGCAAAGGACCACAGCCGGUCACCACCCCCAGGGAUCUGUCUUUCAGUCCUGCAGAGCUCAGAGAGAGUUCCUUUGCAAUUCAGUCAAAUCAAGAGGGUGGGCAUGACACUGAUCCGCAAGACAUGGUUGGCAUUGAAUCUGGAAAGGAAACAGCUGGAAAGAGCACUGUUACAAGGGUCUCCUUUUUAAGGAGCAACACCGAGAGUAACAACAACACUGACGGUAACACAUAUGGUCACCCGGACAGUCGCACGGACGGUCGCACGGACGGUCACCCGGACAGUCGCACGGACGGUCACCCGGACGGUCACCCCGACGGUAGCACGGACGGUCACCCCGACGGUAGCACGGACGGUAACCCUGACGGUAACCCUGACGGUAACCCCGACGGUAACCCCGACGGUAACCCCCAACAGUAACACGGAUGGUAACCAACAACAACCGUAACACCAACAGUGAGCGAUCCUCUGAAGAACAUCAUGCCAUGGAAAACUGAAUAAUUGAUUGGAUGAGCGCUCUAUCGGGGGUGUAGUUUUUAUUUGAUCAUUUUCAUUAGAAACACUUGUGUUUUAUGGUUGUGUUUGGCUGGUGUACUGGGUCAUGAUUGUUACACAGGAGGAUUAUAGUAGGAGUUUAUGAACCAACUGGAUCAAUUCAAAACAUCAUGCAUAGCAGCAUAGAUGAUGGAAUAGUGAUAAGCUUAUCCUAAAAGCAAUUUCUUUAUUUUACUGUAAACUUUUUUUUUUCUUCCAGUAAAUGAAUCCAAACAUCUAUAUUGUAGUAUAGACAUUUUCACCUUACAUUAUUGUAGCAUAUACUGUAGAUAUUUUAACCUUACCUGAUCUUGGAAAAAUCCACUUAAAUGCUCCUCCAACUGGUAAUUAGUAUUAGGAAACUUAUCUAUCAUCCCUGAGCUCUGACUUCUCCCACAUGCUGACCUCUGACGUCACAUACUAAGGAAAUUACUUCCAUAACAGCAUUUUCGGCAGUUAAAUGCAACAAAAUAUUAUUUAUAAAAAGCAAUCUUGUUAUUGCUUUUGAACACUUAUUUGUUUACAAUCAUGAUAGCUGUACUUUGUUUAAGGUUGACAGUUUGUUGGCCAUUAGCCAAUCGGUGAGUUCAAAGCUUGUGAAUGUAUCUAACUGGUAUUUACGACUUCACAACUGGUAAAUACUACCUUCCCCAAUUGGAUAUGAACGCAGGAUUAUUGAAGGAAUGUUUUUUUAUGCCUUGAAUAAGAGACUGAACAAUCAAAAAAAAUGCUUUUGUUUAUACAAAGAUACUUACAUUAUGAAGCAUGCAUUUAUUAUGCGUCCCUUCAUUGUAGAGCAUGCCGGUGUUGGAGUUGAACAAAAUGUACAAUUAUGAAAUAUUCUCAAAACAAAGCUUGAGUUUUCACUUCACUGCACAGGCAGCCAUUCGGACAGCUGGGGUGUAUUCAGUCCGCCGAUUCUGUUGCAAAACGUUUUUUAAAUGAAACUGAAUUUACCUCCAUUUUCCAAUAGAAUUUACCUGAAUAUUUACCAAUAAACUCUUGUUUUGGUUCUUAAA